CGUUGGUGCGCGUGUCGGAGUACACAGUGCCGUGCUUCUCGAGACAUCUCUACAAGCAGCAGUAAGCUGACAGGAUUUGAUGUGAACAGCUGUGUGUUGAGCUCCGUUCAACGCUCUCUGGACUAAUUGUGGACAGACAGCACUUUAUUAAUCACUGCUGCGGACACUGGCGCUUCACGUUGUGCCCUAGCAGCAGCAGUCGGUUUGAACCUGCUUAUACAGCUGCCGUCUAUGUGUAGAGGGAUGGCACUGUCCUUUCUUCUCUUCUUCUCUGCCGUGUUGCCCUUACUCAGAGUGUCUGCCUAUAAUGCAUCUGCCGGUUGUGCUAUCAUCCGUCCUCCCAGAGAUGGAGGGAUAAGGUACAGAGGUCUGACACAAGAGCAGAUCCGCAGUGUGCAGGUGCUCCCAGUAGACUAUGAGAUAGAGUACAUCUGCAGGGGCAACAGAGUGAUUGUGGGACCCAAGGUCAGGAAGUGUUUGCCCAACGGCACUUGGACCGAUCUAAGCCAGCGCAGCAGAUGCUUGUUGUUGUGUCCCCGGGUGUGGACAUCAUUGGAAAAUGGCCGGGUGUCUUCGUGGCCCCUGGGGCCCCUGGGGCCCCUGGGGCCCCCGGUGGAGGGCACAGAGCUACAUUACAGCUGUCUGCCUGGCUUCAUCCUCAUGGGCCGGAACUCAACACACUGCAAUACGAUGGGCAAGUGGGACACCCCAAAACCUGUGUGUCACUAUGAUCGGCACUACAAAGGCAAGAAGAAGCUCUACAUCGGAGCGCUCUUCCCCAUGAGUGGAGGCUGGCCUGGCGGACAAGCCUGCCUCCCCGCCGCUCAGAUGGCUCUCGACCUGGUGAACAAGAGGGCCGACAUACUGCCGGACUACGAGCUGGAGCUGAUACACUAUGACAGUAUGUGUGAUCCAGGUGAGGCCACCAAGCUGCUGUAUGACCUUCUGUAUACGGAGCCCAUUAAAAUUGUGCUGAUGCCAGGCUGCAGCUCUGUGUCCACCCUGGUGGCAGAAGCUUCUCGCAUGUGGAACCUCAUAGUGUUGUCGUACGGCUCCAGCUCCCCGGCUCUAUCCAACCGCCAGCGUUUUCCCACCUUCUUUCGCACUCAUCCGUCUGCCACACUGCACAACCCCACUCGAGUGCAGCUCUUUCAGAAGUGGAAAUGGACCAAGAUUGCCACCAUUCAGCAAACAACAGAAGUUUUUACAUCAACUCUGGAUGAUCUGGAGGAGAGGGUGAAGGAGGCAGGGAUUGAAAUCAGCGUUCGUCAGAGCUUCCUCACCGACCCUGCUGUGGCUGUCAAAAACCUCAAGCGUCAAGAUGCCAGGAUAAUUGUUGGCCUGUUCUAUGAGACGGAGGCCAGGAAAGUCUUCUGUGAGGUGUACAAGGAGAAGCUGUAUGGGAAGAAGUAUGUAUGGUUCCUCAUCGGCUGGUACGCAGACAACUGGUUCAAGAUCAAGGACCCCUCCAUUAACUGUACUAUUGAGCAGAUGACAGAGGCAGUGGAUGGUCAUGUGACCACAGAGAUUGUCAUGCUCAACCCAGAGACGGUGCGAGGAGCCUCCAACCUGACAUCUCAGGAAUUUCUAGCCCAGCUAAUGUCUAAACUCGGGGGUAAAAAUCCAGAGGAGACAGGCGGUUUCCAGGAGGCCCCCCUGGCCUACGAUGCUGUGUGGGCUCUAGCCCUGGCCCUCAACAAAACCGUGGGACCCCUAAAGGCCAAGGGUCACCGGCUAGAAGAUUUCAACUACAACAACCGAGAUAUCACAUUUGAGAUCUACCGAGCCCUGAACACCAGCUCCUUCGAAGGAGUCUCAGGCCAUGUUGUUUUUGACGCUCAAGGGUCUAGGAUGGCCUGGACUCUUAUUGAACAGCUACAAGGAGGAAGCUAUAAGAAGAUUGGAUACUACGACAGCACUAAAGGCAAUCUGUCCUGGUAUGGGAAUGACAAGUGGAUAGGCUCAGGACCCCCUGCAGACCAGACAGUGGUCAUUGAGGAGUUUCGCUACCUGUCCCAGAAGAUAUUUGUGUCCGUCUCUGUCUUUGCUGGGUUGGGAAUCCUGCUGGGAAUUGUCUGCCUCACCUUCAACAUCUACAACAGCAAUGUCAGGUACAUUCAGAACUCUCAGCCCUACCUUAACAACAUGACUGCAGUGGGCUGCAUGAUGGCUCUGGCUGCUGUCUUCCCUCUGGGCAUCGAUGGCCUUCAUGUCCACAGGAGGCAGUUCCCCGUGGUCUGCCAGUUUCGGCUGUGGCUGCUCGGUCUGGGUUUUAGCCUCGCUUACGGCAGCAUGUUCACCAAGAUCUGGUGGGUCCACACGGUCUUCACCAAAAAGGAUGAGAAGAAGGACAAGAGGAAGCAGCACUUGGAACCAUGGAAACUCUGCGCUACUGUAGGUGUUCUGCUCAGCAUCGACAUCCUGUCUCUCAUGAUCUGGCAGAUCGUGGAUCCUUUACAUGUCACAGUGGAGAAAUUCACCAGGGAAGCCCCCAAAGGAGACCUGGAUGUUUUGAUCCAGCCUUUACUGGAGCACUGCAGCUCAGAAAAGAUGAACACAUGGCUAGGUGUGGUCUAUGGUUAUAAAGGUUUACUGCUGCUGCUUGGCAUCUUCCUGGCCUAUGAGACCAAGUCCAUCUCCACAGAGAAGAUCAAUGACCACCGAGCUGUGGGCAUGGCCAUCUAUAAUGUUGCAGUGCUGUGUAUGAUAACAGCUCCAGUCACCAUGAUCCUGUCCUCUCAGCAGGACGCCUCCUUCGCCUUCGCCUCCUUGGCCAUAGUCUUCUCGGUCUACAUCACUCUAGUGGUUCUGUUUGUCCCCAAGAUGCGGCGUCUGAUCACACGGGGUGAGUGGCAGUCCGAUGCCCAGGAGACCAUGAAGACCGGCUCGUCCACCAAUAACAAUGACGAGGAGAAGUCCAGACAGCUGGAGAGAGAGAACAAGGAGCUCCAGAAGAUCAUCCAGGAGAAAGAAGAGCGUGUGUCUGAGCUAAGAAACCAGCUGUCUGAGCGACAGGCCCUGCGAUCAAGGAGAAGAGCGUCCACUGUCACCAAUCAGAACCACAGCUCCUCAUCCAAUGCCAUUCCCCAGAGUGACCCGCGGUCCCUGGCCCCUCCUCCGGGCUACCCCACCCCCAUCUCUGACAUCCACCCCAUCCCUCCGUCCUUCGGCAACUCGUCCAGCCUCUACCUGCCGGACAGCAAGAUCAGCCGAAAUAACUGCCACACCAGCCAUCUGCAGCUGCUGUACAAGUGAGGUGGUGGUGAACAUUGGGGGGGACGAGGACAGUAAUGAUGUUCACAGCUACAUGGAGAUGGAGAAAAUGAAGUAUGAACAUAGUUUGAAAAAUAAAUCAGUAUCUGUUGGAGCAGCUGACUCCAAGACCCCUUCCACCAAUCAGCUGAUGCUGGAGGAUAACCAGUUUUUGAGCAGAUCAACAUGUUAUUGUUUUGUUAAUGAUACAAUUUUGUAUUUAAUCUGCCACUGAUUUAUCAUGUGCCAUCCAGAGUCUGAGAAACGACCGCUAUCAGCUUAGCCCUGGCCUCCUUAGCUACAGGUGCUAGCCGUUUCCCAUUGUAACACUGCUCAUUACAAUGGUAGCAGGUUAACCAUCGGGAUUUAUGUCAACUUCUAAAACUAAAUGUUCUUGCCUUAAGAUUAAAGAAAGACAAGCUCUUUAGUUUAAGUUAUAUAUUUAUUUAUUGGACUCUAUCAAGAGCAAUACGCCACCCUCCAAAAGCACUAGAGCUAAAGUGUGUUUGUGUAGCAUUAGCCUCAGUCUUUUAGCAUGAUACCAUGUAAAAGUGCAUAUUUAAGACUCCUUUAAACAGGGCUCUCAUUUUGAAAUGAAACAGCCAGAAACAAUUUAAAAUAUUAGAGUAAAAAAGCAAGCUACAGCUGACAAAAUCUGCCAGCCACGGUUGUCAUUUUAGCUCAUAAAAUAGAUGGACUGCUUUGUUAACUUAUGUGUGAAAUCACAGUCCCAAGAAUUUUGAUGGUAAAUCUGCUAACGUUAUCAUUGAGAACUGCAGUGCCAGAAUUGAAAGACGGACAUAGCAAGAGUAGCUAAUGGGGUGUGGGGCUUAGCAAAGAGUCCGCUGGAGACCAAGAUGCUAUGGCCAAGCAUUUAUCAUAUCUGUACCUUACAAUAUUGCCUCCUAAUGUGUCUAGAUAGUGCUAUGUACUGUAUUAAGAGGCUGGACGACAGGACAGACUUCAUGAUGAUGUCAGUUUUGUGACAAAGUAACUGAUUGUAUCCAUAAAGUAAUUUGUCAUUUUAGCUCCUCUUGUUGAAUGUUUGAUGGUUUUUAUAUUGUUAUGAGUCUCUGUUCAAAGAGACUACUGAGUCAUUGUACAUAGUUGUGUGUUCAUGCUAAACUCCUCACUGUAGAUGAACGUAGUCCUGUAGAUUUAGGGCUGAAUAGAAAAGUACACUGCUGUCAUCGGUCAGGUAGUUACUGUAUCAAGUGUUGUGACUGCCACCCUGAAGUAGGCUACAAGCAUCAGUUCAAACACCUCUAAGUGUUUAAUGUUAGACUGCAGUUGCGUGUGGGUGUACAAGAAAGACAGACAUAAAUACAAUGGACCGCUUUCAACUGACAAGGCUUAAAUGUCAAACCUAAAGCUAAUGCAGUUAGUUUUAUUGGUAUCUAUUCAACUUUUUGAAGUUGUUCUUCAAGAGCUGAAUUUUUUACAUGUCGUAAUGAAUAAGUGAGUAAGAAAAAUGUGACUGUUUAAAGAGAUAUGAAUUGAAAAGAAGGUACACAGUGCAUUUUAAAUUCUGUUUUUUAUUUCACUUUCAUCUGUCUGUGACAGCACAUUUAGGGACUGAGGUGAAACAAAGCAGCGCUGUUUCAACCCACAGUAUCAAAACCUCUCUGACUUUUAUUUCAUGCGCCAAACACAGCCCCCUGAGUUUUGUCUUUAUUUGGUAAGAGAUCAUGCUGGCACGUCUGGUCAUUCUUUUGGCACUGACGUGAGCCAAGGGGACAACUAUCAGCCAGUGAAAAAGAGAUGUAAAUCUGGCCUAACGGGAGCAUGUUAACGUUUCCUAAGAGGGGGACCUGUUGAUUCUUGUGGUCCUCCACAGGUCAUACUGACUUCAUUCAAAUGUAAAUAGUAAAUUCAAUAGAAAUUCAAAUAGAAUCAGCACCAUAUGGACUAAGGGUCUGAUCAGACCCUUGAUCAGCAAUGUGCACGAAGGAAUGAGUGCUGACGUUAGCUUAACCCAAACCAUGAACUGUAGGCUACCUAAUAGUUAACAGUACAGCUUAAAUGAAAAGGAAAUGAAAACACCUCACCCCUGAAAUCUCACUGAUUUGCCUCCUGCAGUUUUCUGUUUACAUCAUGGUAACUAGGGUUGGCACUUAGCAACGCCAAUUUUACGCUCAUUGAAAACAAUGAUAAACGCCACCCCAGGCUCCUAAAAUGCCCUCUGUCUGAUCAAGGCUUCAGGGCCCGCCUCCACAUGCCAGACGCUCUGUAGAAACCGCCAAUCUGGGAUUGUUUGAGGAUGCUUUAGCCUUUUUUCAAUGAGACACUUUGGUUGCUUCUGAUGCGGAAUAUAUUUAAAGUAAAAAUGUCGGCCGGCGAGGAAACAUCUUGGUGAGUCUAUCGUUUUGUUCAGAUUCAGAUCCACUUUAUUAUCCACACGGGGAUAUUCCUUUUGUCCAGUGCUCCAGACAUGAGGACAACAUAAAGUCCACAGUAAAAACAAUAGCAUAACGUACACAGUAAGACCACAACAUACUCAUACACUUUUGAUGACGCUCACCCAAAGUUUAACAUUUUUAAACCGUCAGCGACCAGAAAGAAACGCCAAAUAUGAAGCGCUCAGCUCAGAAUAGACAUUCAGCACCUUGUGACACAGCUGGUGAUUGUAGCAGAGCGUAAAUACAUGGCACUCCCACUGGCCUCAGGAAAACACUCUUUAAUGGACACGGCCCCUAAUAGUGCACGUGACCCACAUUUUGGGUUCCAUGACAGACUUGCUCUCUUACCAAAAGUGUCUGAUCAAAUCCUUCAGGGUUAGUUAGUAGGAGAGGUCAUCAUAUUGCUUCCAUUCACAAGUUCAGUUUGUUCUCUUUCUGCUGUGUUCACUCUUCUGCUUUUCUGAUCUCACUUCCAAAUACAGACAGGAAGACUCCCUGAUACAGUUUCAAUAAAAAGGUUUUCACAGUGAAAUUACAGCAGGCGCUGGACUUCUUUAUACAUAACUUGAGAAUAACAGUUAACAGAAUGGGGCUUUUGGUUUCUUAAUGCGUUUCUCUGAGCUUUAAGUUGUCAUGGUAAAACAUGGGAUGACUUUUAUUGUGUGACCAACAUCUUUAUUGAAACAACAAGACCUUAUCUGGCUGCACUGUACACACACGCCUCUUCUGUUGGACUCCUGGCAGCAGCUGCUCAAUAAGCAUUUGCCGUAGUAUUAAACACUGUAACUGCAGAAGUCACCAAUGCAACCAGGACAGAAAUCACAAAGAUUCUAACUGUGAAGAAGGUAAUGCUACCUAACCAAAACAUGUUGUUUAUACCUUCCAAAACUUUUACAAAUCACCAUUACAAACAGUAGCUACAGUUUGGUUAGAUUCAGACUCAAAAUGAUUUAGUUGGUAACAAUGCUUUCAAGAAACUAAUAUGACUAUCAGCAGGAAACAGGAAAGGAACGGUAGUCUUUUGUGUCAAAGUCGCAUUCACUCGCAAACUUCUUCUGUGGCUUUCAACUGCAAUCCAUCAUUGACCUCAGUGAAUGGAGUUUGUGACAGUUGUCAAGGAGACCUGGGGUUAUGAUUUUGGCCAAACUUCUGUUUCAAAGGUCAAGAAUACAUUUUCAUAAUCAAUUUUGCAAGGCAGCACAGGAAAAUUGCAAGUCCUACAGUAUGUAAUGUGUGUCCCUCUGCAGCGUCUCUCUGGGACUGCUCGGUAUUUAAAUUGAGGGUUCAGCUUUUGAUUUGAAUGUUUCUUUGUAUGCAAUUUAUUCUCAAAAGCACAUUGUCUUAAACUCUCAUAACAAAUAUAUGAUGUGAUCUCUACCUAAAGUAUAGAUUUUGUCUUGACUCUCAUGUUGUCAGUGUGGUAGCACAACUUCUUUCAUUAGUGUGGGUUGUAGUAAACACUUCUGAAGUGACUAACUACAGCAGAUGUAUGAACCAUGUGCACUGUGCACUGCUCCAGCUACAUUCUUUUAAAGAGACCAUGUGUACAGAUCUGCUGUUUGUUUGUUAAGAUGUGUUUUAACUGUCGAGUCUGUAAAGCAGUGAAGAUGUGAUGAUGUUGAUACACAUGACAAUAUGCACACUGACUGUAAAUAAUGAUGACGUGACUUUGCAUAUACAAGCUGUAUUUCAUGUGGUACAGUAUUCAAAAUAUAUUUAUAUAUGCUGUAAUAUCUGAUAUCAGAGAUCAUUUGAAAUGCAAGAAUGAAAAUAAAACUAGUUUUUCCCAAACUAUCAAAGUUCAAAGU